UGCUGUUUCUUGUUCUGUAUAGAACAUGCGACAAAGUUUGACCCUAAAACCUGUGCUGUUUCUUGUUCUGUAGGGAACACGCGACAAAGAUCAACCAACUGGAGCAGUCCCGUAUUCACGAUGCCAGCAAGCUACAGGAGCUGCAGUUCCAAAUGCGUCGCCUAGCAACCGACCUGAACGAGGUGCGCACGGCCAACCAGCGGCAGUCCGUGGAGAUGGAGGAUCUCCGGGAGGAGAACGCAAACCUCCGCGCCGUCAUGAGGGACAUGAUGUUUGGUAACGCCACCAAGGCUGGAUCCACCUUACAGGCAGACUACAAGUCAAUCCUGAAGCCCUGGGAGGGAACCAACUGGACCAAAGUGUUGUACCAGGCUCUGAAACUCAUCGGACUUGAUAAGAACGCAACUGACAGCCUGGAAACUCUGCUGAAUGGGAAGGUGAGCUUUUCUGAGCAAGGAGAGGAAUACGGAACAGGCGAGCCUAGCGAGGACCCUGUACAGAUUUCAAACACCAUCGUGGACGACACGGUGCGCAAGAUGAAGAACGAAGUGACAGAACUGCAGGUGAAGUUUCGUGAUCAGGCCAGUUUGCUGCUGCAGCUGGUUCUCCUACUGAGACAGGUGCAGGCUGAAAACAGGGAGCUCAGGUCCAAAGUCUCGUCCUUCAACAUCUCGUUCUCAACGGCGCUGACCUACCUGGAUCAGCUGCGAACCAAAACAGACCAGUUGGAACAACUGGUGCAGUACACGACCUUCGACCUGUCCGACAUCCGCCAGACUGAGACCUUCCACAGUGCCCAGAUCGCCAAGUUGGAUGAACGCCUCCAGGAGUGUUGUGCAAAGGUUGAAGGGGUUGGUCUCCUUGGUGAGACAGCUGUCCUACCGCAGGCUUCCAUGGACAUCGCCCUCAUGCCGAUGGAACACCCCAUGGAGACUGACAUGGGCCUGAAAGUCGUGGACAAUGACUAUGGGAUUGUCAAGAGGUCGGGAUUACCGAGAGACUGCUCAGAGUUGUACGAGAAGGGCAAGACCAUGUCAGGAAGGUACUACAUUCGUCCAGACAACUCCGAGGCUUUCGCGGUGUACUGCGACAUGGAAACAGCAGGAGGUGGGUGGACCGUGAUACAGAGGAGAAGCGACGGUCUCGUAGACUUUUCGCGUACGUGGGACCAGUACAGAAUGGGAUUUGGAGUCGUCGUCAAAGACCACUGGCUCGGUAAUGACAAGAUCUACACGAUAUUGAAACAGGGAACAUACAACUUGAGAUUCGAUUUGGGAAGUUGGGAGGGACAGCACAAAUUUGCAGAGUACGAAAAUUUCACUUUAGAAAGUGAGGAUAGAAACUACACCCUACAUAUACAAGGGUACCAUGGUAACGCAGGAGAUGCCUUUAUAGAGGUCCACAAUAACCAGCCUUUUUCCACAAAGGGUCGUGUACAUCUAAAACAUGACAAGAGUAGAGCAACCUGUGCUGAGACAUACAAGGGUGGAUGGUGGUACCGAGACGACUGGUGUUACAACACUAACCUGAAUGGUGUGUACUAUGUAAAAGGAAACUACAGCAGUGCACAGGCAGACGGUGUGACAUGGGUAAACUGGCUGGGAUACUGGUACUCUCUCAAGUCUACCGAGAUGAAAAUUAGACCAGCUAGUUUCAUGGGAAAGUCCACAGAAACUUAGCACCUUCAAGGUCUCUGUAACAAAGAGGAUGCUAUUUCUUUUUUACUUGAGGGUCCUAACUGAUCUGUUGAAUUAGAAUAACUAUAAUAUGAAAGAGAAAGAAUUGUUUACAAAGCUCAAAUUUUAGUUUCGUGUUCUAUACCAUUGUUAACUAUUUUCUACUUGG